CAGCGCCGCCUCCUGCUCCUCCCGCUGCCACCCUGAGUCACUGACUGCACAGCUCCGGCCGCCUGGAUACCUGUGCUAGCCAUCGAUAUUUGGAGUUCUUAUAACAUGGCAGACAUUGACAACAAAGAACAGUCUGAACUUGAUCAAGAUUUGGAUGAUGUUGAAGAAGUAGGAGAAACUGGUGAAGAAACAAAAAUCAAAGCGUGUCAGCUGACUGUUCAGAUGAUGCAAAAUCCUCAGAUUCUUGCAGCCCUCCAAGAAAGACUUGAUGGUCUGGUAGAAACACCAACAGGAUACAUUGAAAGUUUGCCUAAGGUAGUUAAAAGACCAGUGAAUGCUCUCAAAAACCUUCAAGUUAAAUGUGCACAGAUAGAAGCCAAGUUCUAUGAAGAAGUUCAUGAUCUUGAAAGAAAGUAUGCUGUUCUCUAUCAGCCUUUAUUUGAUAAGUGAUUUGAGAUCAUUAAUGCAAUUUAUGAACUUAUGGAAGAAGAAUGUGAAUGGAAACCAGAUAAGGAAGAUGAAAUUUUGGAGGAAUUGAAAAAAAAGGCCAAAAUUGAAGAUGAGAAAAAGGAUGAAGAAAAACAAGACCCCAAGGGAAUUCCUGAAUUUUGGUUGACUGCUUUUAAGAAUGUUGACUUGCUCAGUGAUAUGGUUCAAGAACAUGAUGAACCUAUUCUGAAGCACUUGAAAGAUAUUAAAGUGAAGUUCUCAGAUGCUGGCCAGCCUAUGAGCUUUGUUUUAGAAUUUCACUUUGAACCCAAUGAGUAUUUCACAAAUGAAGUGUUGACAAAGACAUAUGGCAUGAGGUCAGAACCAAAUGAUUCUGAUCCCUUUUCUUUUGAUGGACCAGAAAUUAUGGGUUGUACAGGGUGCCAGGUAGAUUGGAAAAAAGGGAAGAAUGUCACUUUGAAAACCAUUUUUAAAAAAAAGCAGAAACACAAGGGAUGUGGGAUAGUUUGUACUAUGACCAAAACAGUUUCCAAAGAUUCUUUCUUUAAUUUUUUUGCUCCUCCUGAAGUUCCUGAGGGUGGCGACCUGGAUGAUGAUGCUGAAGCUAUCCUUGCUGCAGACUUUGAAAUUGGUCACUUUUUACAUGAGCAUAUAAUCCCAAGAUCAGUGUUGUAUUUUACUGGAGAAGCCAUUGAAGAUGAUGAUGAUGAUUAUGAAGAAGGUGAAGAAGUGGAUGAGGAAGGGGAAGAAGAAGAGGAAAAUGAUCCAGACUAUGACUCAAAGAAGGAUCAAAACCCAGCAGAGUGCAAGCAGCAGUGAAGCAGGAUGUGUGUGGCCUUGAGGAUAACCUACACUGGUCUACCUUCUUGCUUCCCUGGAAAGGAUGAAUUUUCAUCAUUUGACAAGUUCAUUUCGAGUUUUAUGUUGUUUGUUUGCUUGCUUGUUUUUGGUUUUGCAGCCUAAAAUAAAAAUGUCAAAUAUAAUUUUAGUUCUCACAGAUAAUGUCUUAAUUGUGUACUAAUUCAGGCAGAAACAGAGCCCUAGCUUGACUUAAACAUUAUACUCAGUUUACCAUUACAUUGAAAAAAGGGUGCCAACUUUGGAAGAGGCGUACUGAAUCUAGUAAGAAAGUGUAAAAAACAAAGACAAAUAAUGUAUUUUUUAAAGAAAAUUUAAGUUUUAUUUCUUUUGGUUGAAACACAAGAGGGCCCCAAGCCUCUAUGGUUAAUUCCAGUUCUUAUUGUUUAAAGUAUGAGCAUGUUAUUUACCCAUGCUUUUGCUUACUAUGUAUUAAAAUGGGUAGUACUGUUUACUUAACUACCUCAUGUGUUAGGCAUAUUAAAUUAAAUUAUUUGAAAUGUUUCUCAAUCUUAUUAAAAGCUCAAACUUUUGGACCUAUUUGCACCACAAGUAUGAUAUUCAGCCUUUUAUUCUACCACAGUUUGAUAAAUAAACUAGAAAACAAAACUUAAGUACUUUAUUCCGGGAUCUGGUCACACAACGUUCUUUGUGUGGCUCCUAUUUUAAUAGAAAUAGAUGGACAGCCAAUUAUCUGAAAAGGUCUAAAGAUUGUUUUAGGUAUUUUAGUUAUGACCAUGUUGUAGAGAUCAUGGUACUAAAAUAAAAAUAACACUGUGGGGCUGGGUGGAAUGCUGUUACAUUUGAGGAUUGUAGAGCCACAUUUCAAAUACCUCAGGCUAAUUACUGUUAAUUUUUUGUGGUUAACUUAAAAGCUUUGGCAGUAAGCGUGGACUAAUUGGAUUGUAAUUGUAGAACAGCUUAGUGUUUCUGCUCAUAAUAAAAUAACAUUAGGUUCAUUUUUAGAAGUAAUAAAGCUUCCAUUUUUGGAAUGUGAAUGAAUACAUUGUUAUUUGUAUAGUAUUAUCUGUUUCACUCCUGAGAUUUUAAUUAACUACUGGAAAUCCUUAACCAAUUGCGAUAG